CGGCGGCGGCCGGCCAGGCGCGCACUCUCGGGAUGGACGGCGAGCGCCGGGCAUCUCAGGCGCUCUCCUCGGGCCUCCCGGAGGGGGGCGCCGGCGGGGAGAGCCCGGGGGACGGCGGCCCCGUCCCGGGCAGCAGCGGCUCGUCGGCCCUGCUGCAGGCCGAGGUGCUGGAUCUGGACGAGGACGAGGACGACCUGGAGGUGUUCAGUAAGGAUGCCUCAUUGAUGGACAUGAAUUCCUUCAGUCCUAUGAUGCCAACGUCCCCUUUAUCAAUGAUAAACCAAGUCAAGUUUGAAGAUGAGCCAGAUUUGAAGGAUCUCUUCAUUACAGUUGAUGAACCUGAAAGCCAUGUUACUACAGUUGAAACUUUCAUUACAUAUAGGAUUAUUACUAAGACAUCUCGGGGGGAAUUUGACUCCAGUGAAUUUGAAGUUAGGAGACGUUAUCAAGAUUUCCUUUGGUUGAAGGGAAAACUUGAAGACGCACACCCCACUCUGAUUAUUCCACCAUUGCCAGAAAAGUUCAUAGUGAAAGGAAUGGUGGAACGGUUUAAUGAUGACUUCAUUGAGACACGCAGGAAGGCACUGCAAAAAUUUUUGAACCGAAUUGCUGAUCAUCCAACUUUAACAUUCAAUGAAGACUUCAAAGUUUUUCUUACUGCACAAACUUGGGAACUCUCUUCUCACAAGAAGCAAGGACCUGGACUGCUGAGCAGGAUGGGACAGACAGUCAGAGCUGUGGCAUGGUCAAUGAGAGGAGUUAAAAGCCGCCCAGAGGAGUUCAUGGAAAUGAAUAACUUUAUUGAAAUGUUUAGCCAGAAAAUAAAUUUGAUAGAUAAAAUAUCUCAGAGAAUUUACAAGGAAGAAAGGGAAUAUUUUGAUGAAAUGAAAGAAUAUGGCCCAGUUCAUAUUCUGUGGUCGGCAACAGAAGAAGAUCUGGUUGAUACUCUAAAAAGUGUCGCCAGCUGCGUUGACAAAUGCUGUAAAGCCACUGAAAAACGGAUGUCUGGACUCUCAGAGGCUCUGCUUCCUGUUGUACAUGAGUAUGUGCUUUAUAGUGAAAUAUUAAUGGGUGUUAUGAAAAGAAGAGACCAAAUACAAGCAGAACUGGAUUCCAAAGUUGAAGCUUUGACUUCUAAAAAGGCAGAUACUGAUCUGCUUACAGAAGAAAUUGGAAAACUUGAAGAUAAAGUGGAAUGUGCUAAUAAUGCCCUGAAAGCAGAUUGGGAAAGAUGGAAACAAAAUAUGCAAAAUGAUAUCAAGUCAGCAUUUACAGAUAUGGCUGAGGAGAAUAUCCACUAUUAUGAGCAGAAAGAUCACUGUGGCUGUCUCUGGGUCAGCGUGGAGCAAAGCUGGAUGUGAUGAGACUGGUUAGGUGACCAUGGUGGCAGCAAAGAUAGAGAUAUGAACUGAUAGAAACAUUUCCUGGCAGUGGGCUGGAGACUGGUGAACAGAUUCAAGUGUUUUAUUUUUAGUAGGUGGGAUUGGAAAAAUCAUUUCUACCUCUCCUUAAUUUUUUAUUCUACUUUAACAAACAGGUAAAUCCAAGUAUCUAAAAGGAAUUUCACAUAAAUCUCAGAUUUUCAAAUAAUUUAAAAUAUUUCUAUUGAGUAAAGUACAUUUGCCACCAUAGACUUUAUUGCCACGUAACUGUUUAAAUCGACAGAAAUACCUUUCCCUCUCCUUUACCAUAGAACUUCUCCACACUGACAUUAUAGGAUUGUUAUGACAAUCAACUGAAAUAAUUUAUAAGAAAAUGUCUUGAAAAUUAGACUAUACAAUAUAUUAUAAGUGAUUAUGAUUGUAAAACAUGACUAUAUUAGGGUGUAAAAAUCACAUGACAAAUGCACCUGCUGUAUUUUCCUUUAAAUGAAAAGGUCUGCAAAACUUUUCAAAGUUUGGAUGUUUUAGUUUUUUAAGAGAAAAUGUUCAUGGCAAUUCCAUGGAACUCCAACUGAAAUUUUUGGGUUUUGACUAUACCUAUCACAUGAAUACAUAUUUUUGUCAUUCUCAUAGAUUGAAUUCAGUUUACGCAAACUGUUUUCUUAGAAACAGUUAAAUUAGCAUCGCUGUGCCAUAUUGCCAUAUUGCAAAUUUUGUUCUUCACAGCAGUUUAUAUCAGUAUGUUUUUAACUCUUUCCUCCAAGUGAAUUAUAUUUCUAAAUGUUACUAAAAAUGUAUCAGGUAUAUUACAUCUUGGAUGUAUAAUUUUUGGAGGAAUCAUUCGUUUUCUUUAUUAUAACUUCAAAAGACCCCUACAGCUCUAGUUAUUUGUUAGUUUUUUCCUGAGUGAAUAACUUUUAACUUUGGCAUGUCAGCAGCAUAAUCAGGAAGUUGGAGCCCUUAAAUAAUCAAGACUUCCUAAUUAGCACACAGACUGUGUGGCCUGAAACAGCAACAGUCUGCUGUUAUCUGUUAACUUCAGAAUAUCUCAGAUAUACAGGGAAGUGAUAUGUUCCAGAAUCUUUACAUUUCCUUUUUAAUUUAAUCACACUCUUAUGGAAAGCAGUUUUUUUUCUUUUCGUCAACAUUUGCAAAGAUAAAUCUCCAAAGAGGUUUGUGCCUAGUGUGAUAGAUGAAAUGGGGUAUAAACAUUUGCCUUUAGACUUACUUUUAUGAAGUGAAAUGGUCAUAGCUUGUUUAUAACUAAAAUUUAAAUAUCAAAGUGGCAGAGAAAAAUCAGUUCAUAAAUUUGAGAUAUAGGUCUGUAUCAGAGGUCAAUUAUUCUCAUAUUGAAAUGUUCAUAGAUGUGUGAAUUUACUUGGAGACAUUCGACACCAAGUAUAAAACAGAUAUCUCCAGAUAAACUUUGAAUGGGUAAAAUGAUGUUUUUCCCAUUUUAUCCUAUAUGACCAGUAAUUAAGAAUCAAUUUGAGUCUUCUUUUAAAAAACAUGAAUAACAAAAUGAUAAAACCAAAAGUCCGAUUGAACAUAGGUAAAUAAUUUAAAAGUAUAUAGGUGCCCAAAUAACUGAACAAAAUUAUCUCCUGCUAAAAUAGAUGCUAAAACCGUAAGAUAGAACGUGUUGGAUAAAGUGCAUGUACGUUUUCUAAUUGUUACCUGGUAGGUGGAAAAGAGUAUCUGUUUUCUUUCUUGUUGAUACUGAUGAUGAUGAUGAUGGUAAUGAUGAAGAAAUUUGAAAGGUCGUGAUCCUUGGCAGGUAUUACAGAUUGAAAGAAUAUACUCUUUGAAAGUUUAAUUUUAAUAUUAUAAUCAUGCAAAUAUCACGCAGUGUUAAUUUUUGCCAAAUAAAGCAGUUUAUGUAAUGUUAUGUGAAUGUAAUA